CGGGUUCCCAGCUUCACCCGGGGCUCGUCGAGGCCCGGGCCCUCCCCAGCUCCAGGGCCACGUGACUCGGCCCCAGCCUCAGAACCCCGGCCGCGGGGCUCUGAAUUGCACAGAUUGGUUGCGGGUGCGACCGUGACAGACUGAGCCGAAGAGCUAAGGAAGGCUCGUCCUGGCUCUGAUCUCGUCGCCUUUUCCUCCUCCCUGGCUCUUCUUAAUUCGCUGUGCAGACGGUGUCUCUGAGGCUUCGCCUGGGUUCGCCUGAGCUCUUCCCGUGCGGGAGAGCCCCCCGUGAGCAUGUAAAAGGGAGGAGGGCGAGCGUGCCAGUUCCCGGAGCCUGGACUGAGAACGCCGGGAGCCCAGUCCACCCUCCCUUCCCCCAUUGGGCAGCGCUGGGCUCUCGGGCGCUGGGCCCGGCCGGGAGGUCUGGCGGGAGAGGCCGCAGCUGAGCCGGCGAGCUCUUGAAAAUCUCGCGCGGUCCCGCGAGAGGAUAAGUUGAGGGAACAUGGCGACGUCUAAUCUGUUAAAGAAUAACAAGGUCACUGGUGAUUUUACUGCUGGGCUCACUCUGAUUUCCAGUGGUAUUGAAUUCUGCAACCAAAGACUUUUGACUGAGACCAGGUUACCACUAAUUCCAGCCAGAAUAAAGGCUCACUUCAGUUUGAAGACAAAUGGGAUUUUAUGCGUCCUAUUGUUCUGAAGCUUUUACGCCAGGAAUCUGUCACAAAACAGCAGUGGUUUGAUUUGUUUUCGGAUGUUCAUGCAGUUUGUCUGUGGGAUGAUAAAGGCCCAGCAAAAAUCCAUCAGGCUUUGAAAGAAGAUAUACUUGAUUUUAUUAAACAAGCACAGGCAAGAGUACUAAGCCAUCAAGAUGAUACAGCACUGCUAAAAGCAUAUAUUGUAGAGUGGAGAAAAUUCUUUACUCAGUGUGAUAUCUUACCUAAACCAUUUUGUCAGCUAGAGAUUACAUUAAUGGGCAAACAGGGCAGCAACAAAAAAUCAAAUGUGGAAGAUAGUAUUGUUAGAAAGCUCAUGCUUGAUACAUGGAAUGAGUCAAUCUUUUCAAAUAUAAAGAAUAGACUCCAGGACAGUGCAAUGAAGCUAGUCCAUGCAGAGAGAUUAGGAGAAGCUUUUGAUUCUCAACUGGUGAUUGGAGUGAGAGAAUCCUAUGUUAAUCUCUGUUCAAAUCCCGAGGAUAAGCUUCAAAUUUACCGAGACAAUUUUGAAAAGGCAUACUUGGAUUCGACAGAAAGAUUUUAUAGAACACAGGCCCCUUCUUAUUUACAACAAAAUGGUGUACAGAACUAUAUGAAAUAUGCAGAUGCUAAAUUAAAAGAAGAAGAAAAAAGAGCACUUCGGUAUUUAGAAACAAGAAGAGAAUGUAACUCUGUAGAAGCACUCAUGGAAUGCUGUGUAAAUGCCCUGGUGACAUCCUUUAAAGAGACAAUUUUAGCAGAAUGCCAAGGCAUGAUAAAACGAAAUGAAACUGAAAAAUUACAUUUAAUGUUUUCAUUGAUGGACAAAGUUCCUAAUGGAAUAGAACCAAUGUUGAAAGAUUUAGAGGAACACAUAGUGAGUGCUGGCCUAGCUGAUAUGGUAGCAGCUGCUGAAACUAUUACUACUGAUUCUGAAAAAUAUGUUGAACAGUUACUUACACUAUUUAAUCGAUUUAGUAAACUUGUUAAAGAAGCAUUUCAAGAUGAUCCACGAUUUCUUACUGCAAGAGAUAAGGCAUACAAAGCAGUUGUGAAUGAUGCUACAAUUUUUAAACUUGAAUUACCAUUAAAGCAGAAAGGGGUUGGAUUAAAAACACAACCUGAAUCAAAAUGCCCUGAACUCCUUGCCAAUUACUGUGACAUGUUGCUAAGAAAAACACCACUAAGCAAAAAACUAACCUCAGAAGAAAUUGAAGCCAAACUUAAAGAAGUGCUCUUGGUACUUAAGUAUGUACAAAACAAAGAUGUUUUUAUGAGAUAUCACAAAGCUCACUUAACACGUCGUCUAAUAUUGGACAUCUCUGCUGACAGCGAAAUUGAAGAGAAUAUGGUAGAAUGGCUAAGAGAAGUGGGUAUGCCAGCAGAUUAUGUAAACAAGCUCGCUAGGAUGUUCCAGGACAUUAAAGUGUCAGAAGAUUUGAACCAAGCUUUUAAGGAAAUGCACAAGAAUAAUAAGUUGGCUUUACCAGCUGACUCAGUAAAUAUUAAAAUUCUGAAUGCUGGUGCCUGGUCUAGAAGCUCUGAAAAAGUAUUUGUUUCCCUUCCCACUGAGCUGGAGGAUCUAAUCCCGGAAGUAGAAGAAUUCUAUAAAAAAAAUCACAGUGGCAGAAAACUACACUGGCACCAUCUCAUGUCAAAUGGUAUUAUAACAUUUAAAAAUGAAGUUGGACAGUAUGACCUAGAGGUGACGACGUUUCAGCUGGCUGUGCUGUUUGCUUGGAACCAAAGACCAAGAGAAAAGAUCAGCUUUGAAAAUCUUAAGCUAGCAACUGAACUUCCUGAUGCUGAACUUAGAAGGACUUUAUGGUCUCUUGUAGCUUUUCCAAAGCUCAAACGACAAGUUUUAUUGUAUGAACCACAAGUCAUCUCACCCAAAGACUUUACAGAGGGGACCCUCUUCUCAGUGAACCAGGAGUUCAGUUUAAUAAAAAAUGCAAAAGUUCAGAAAAGGGGUAAAAUUAACUUGAUUGGACGGUUGCAACUCACCACAGAAAGAAUGAGAGAAGAGGAGAAUGAAGGAAUAGUUCAACUAAGAAUAUUAAGAACCCAGGAGGCUAUCAUCCAAAUAAUGAAAAUGAGAAAGAAAAUUAGUAAUGCUCAACUGCAGACUGAACUAGUAGAAAUUUUGAAAAAUAUGUUCUUACCACAAAAGAAAAUGAUAAAAGAGCAAAUUGAAUGGCUUAUAGAGCACAAAUAUAUCAGAAGAGAUGAGUCAGAUAUCAACACUUUCAUAUACAUGGCAUAAUUUUGAAGACUAUGGAAGAUGUGGAAAACCCAGAUGGAGGUGUGCUUGGGCAGACAAGUUGCAACAGUGUGUGCUGGAGAUUAACUAACUCAUUGGAUUUUUAUUACAUAAAUAUCAAAAUUCCUGCCUUACCUGACAAAAGGACUAUGUUUUGCCAAUUCAUCAACUAGCAUGAUGGCACUCCCUUCAUGUUGCACACUUUUAACAGCAUGCUGUUUUGUGGGGAAACUUGCAUUCAUGAAGAGCCCAUUGUGAGCUUUCUAGAGUUGAUUUCAUUUAUACCCACCAGGAGGAUUACAGGUUUUUAGGGAAGGAGGUGGGGGAGGUACUGGGGAAGGGUAUUCUUUUUUUUUUCUUUGACUUCCUUUUUUAUUUAAAAGAUAAACAGUACUUGCACAAGGAAAUGAUCUUCAAAUAUUCAUGCACUGAAGAACUGCUGUUACUUUUGAUUUCUAAAUGCAAGUAGGACUAGAAACAGCACUUUCAGUUAUUUGUGAUCAACGAGUACUGUACUGUCCACCAUUGGUGAGAUAUUUUAUAUAACAUUGGGAGAGACAUACAUCACAUUUGAAAAGAUAUGUUUUUGUUACAGUAUCAACUUGUUGGCUCAAACAGUGCUUCAGUAUGUGGUAACUGGAUCUUAAUGAUACACACGUGAUGUAAAAUAUUUCCAUCCUUUAAAUCUUGGCUUCCUUUAAGAAGGAGAUCAGUCUCUUCUUUGUUUUCUGUAAAGUGGCAUGGAUAAUUUUUAUCUAUUUGGCCAAAUAGUUUAACAAAACCUUUUGAAGAAAUGAAUGAAAUAGUUGCUUCAUUUGUUUAAAAAAAAUAUUGUUACAGUUAACUUUUCAGGGCCUGCAGUAGUAAAAUGAAUAUAUGUUCAAUGUGUUUGGUGGUACAUUUAAUAUUUGUGAUCCAAAUAUCUGCUACAUAUAAUUAGUAUUUAUGUUUCAGAUAUCUAUCUGAUAAGUGCAUUAAAAACAAUACAAAAACCUCCUACUUGGAAUGUGACACAUUUACAUGAUUGAUUUUUUUUUUAAUUUUGUUUUUUUACAGUCCAAAAUACCUGUUGGGGGGAGGAAGGGAGUUGAGGAAGCUACUUUUUUUUAAAGACCUGUAAAUCACCUUGAGGUGGGAGAUAUGAGAAGCAUCAUCAUAGGAUGACAUAUAAACAAAGAAGCAGAAUCGAUACAACCUUAGUAUGAGCAGCAAACUUGCCAAAUAUUUAGGCUUACAUGUGAAAUAUUAAUAUUUUUAAAUGUUCAGAUGGCAGCAAUUUCCUUGUUUCUUUCUGUCAAGCAGUCCAAAGUAGUAACUUCAUGGUUGAUGGUACCCUUAUGCCCAGAGUAAUAGAGUUCUUUGGACUUAUUGGGGACUUGAUGAUAAUUUAAAAAGAAGGGAAAAAACAUUUCCCAUCGGGAAAGAAAAGCUCAAGUUGGAAUUUUAUUCAUUGUGGUGCAAGUUUCAAUUUUUCUUGCAAAUAAUUAUUUUAUAUACUGUGUGAUAUAAAAUACCAGAAUUUUUCAGGAACAAUAUGAUUUUGAUGAAGAAAGGAAAUGAAAUGCUGCAGCACUGAAAGGAAUACAGUAUUAUAUCAUUAGCAGCAUGCAUUCAAGAGCAUUUGGUAGAGUAAGUUCCCAACCCCAUUCAAAUGUUGUUGGAAUUAGCUGCUAUUAAGGAAAGAAAGCAAAUUAAAAGGUAGAUUAAAGUUUUGCUGUUUAUAUUCUUAUGCCUAUUCUGAAUCUCAUAGGAAAUUGAAAUUUUUUGUUUAAAAAGUUAAAAGGUUGCAGUUUACUUUUUAUGGUAGCUUGGAAAUAACAAAAAUGUUAGCCCAGAAAUGUUCAGAAUUGAACUAAAAUUAGUUCAUAUUAUUUUCUAGCUACAUGAAGGCUAACAGCGGAUGAAAUUUGGAAAAAUAAAAUUUGUAAUAAUAAUGGUGACUUUAUGUGUAACAAAGCAUUCAAUAUUGGCACAUUUACUUGUAAUACAAGAAUGCCAGAAUAGGAAAUGAUUGGGUAAAAUUGACACGCCACUUUGAAAGUUUAAGGUCUUUCUGCCAUAAUUGUCUUGAGCACUUUUUAAAAAUUCCUAAUUUUUCUGUCAUUUAACUUAAGAAUGAGAGCCAUGAUGUGUUGACCUGCAAGGCAAGCAAAAUACAAAAGUGGGUAGCUCUAAACCCAUUAGCAGACUUUUCUAUUAAAUUUUGUAAAAUUUUGUUUCAUAGCUAAUUACGUCCUAAUUAUAUUUUGCACAUCCAAACAGGAACAAAGACUGUAGCAUUGUAGUUAUCUUCAAUUUUCUGGUAUAUAUAUAAAAUUAAUAACCAAUUAGUUAUCUAACUACUUUUCAGUGUUUGUGCAAACCAUUAAUUAACAAGGUGCCUAUAACAUUGUUCAAUUUUAUUUAACUAUGUUUUGACUAGAAAUUUGCUUUGUUUAAAAAAAAAAUGAAAAAUGACACCAGCAGCUUGCUAAAGAUGCAGAAUCACGUUUAGCAUCCUUCAUCAGGUCAGUUUCACCUAUAUGCACUUAAAGCUAGUGUUAUCUGGGCUAGGGGAGAUAACUGAAGUGUUAUUUGUGAGAAAAGAGUACACGGAUAAAAUGAAAGAUGUACUUCACUUGCAAUAUGGCAACAAUGCACUUUUAAAGCUUAAUUUUAGCUUUGUAUAUUUAUCUCCAAAGACCUAGCUUACACAGGUGCUGCAUCUGGAAAGUAUAGACAACUGUUGCCACAUACACUGCCAUAGUGAAUGGAUGUGAGACAAAAUUGACCAAAUAAAAAUGUGACAGAUUGUAAAUCACAUUUCUAAUGAAUUUCAGUGAGAAAAAUAUUAGUUUUUUUCUUUUCCAGUGAUUUAAUGAAAAUCUUCAUAUAAAUUCUCAAGUCUUCCAUAUUUUUCAUUACACAAGUGGUCUCCUUCAUUUUUGUUGACCCAUGUAUCUCUUGCUUGUUUUGAGCAUGGGUAAAAUGUUCCAAAAUGAACAAAUAUUAGCUUUCUUGUUUUCACUUUAAUAUGUAAAAUUUAGUAGAAAUAUGAUCUGAAUAGUCAGAAAACCUUUUGCAUUAGGAUGUUAUUUUUCCUGUAAAAUGCGACUUUUAACAAUUCAAUUUGGGCAAGAGAUUUGCUAGUUUUACAGAAAGAUUUACUAACUUAAACUCAAACUGUGUUUUUUCUAUUUUCAUGUAAAUGACUGGGAUGCUAUCUUGUAAAUUCUUCCAAGGUCAUGUUUGUGAAAUAAACAGUACAUGAAAGCUUUCCUGUCAUAUACAUUAUAUGUAGUCUGGAGUGUUGAAGAAACUUGAGUUCCUAGGUUGUAAUCUAUCUAUGUUAUGGUAUUUACAAUAUUGAAUGUGUGCCACUACAUACCGAGAUAAUAAUGCUGUACAAUUUUGAAUGGUAGCAGUUUCAGUAUGGCAGUCGGCUGAACUAUUUUGAUGUACUGCUUAAUUUUUGAAUUUUAUUUUUUAAGUUGUAUAAUUUAUUUUCUUGCAAAAUAAAAAAAAAUGUAAUACAAAAGA